AUGGCUUCUCGUUUGAGAAACUUUUCUAGGAUGAACCCUCCUAUGUUCUAUAGGUCAAAGGCGGAUGAAGACCCCCAAGAUUUCCUAGAUGAAGUCUAUAUGAUCUUAUUUACUAUGGGUGUUACUACGAGUGAAAAGGAAGAGUUUGUAAUUUAUGAACUCAAAGAUGUGGCGCAAACAUGGUACACCCAAUUAAGAGAUAAUAGGGUUCUAAGAGGUUGUCCGGUGACAUGGGAGUUCUUCAAGGGAGCUUUCCUUGAUAGGUUAUUUCCUAGAGAGUUCAGAGAAUCUAAGGUGGAAGAAUUCAUUAACCUUUGUCAAGGAUGUAUCAGUGUACUUGAUUACUCCUAUAAGUUUACUAAAUUGUCUAAGUAUGCUUCAUCCUUGGUGUCAAACCCAAGGGAUGAGAUGAGUCAUUUUCCUACAGGAGUGUCCGAUGACUUGGUGGAAGAACGUCAUUCGGCUACCCUUCAUGAUAAUAUGAAUAUCUAUCGUGUAAUGGUUCAUUCUCAACAAGUGGAAGAAAGUAGAAUAAGGAGGAAUGAUAGAGAUUCCAAGAGGGAAAGGUCUUUCGUAGGCGGUUCUUCAAAGUGGAGGUUGAAAGUUCAAGAUAAGCAUAGAUUCAAAAAAAGCUUCUCCAAUCAAAAUCCUUCCAAAUAUCCUAAGGCUCACGACGAUAGGGUGUAUAACCCCAAGUCUCAAAAGUAA